CACUGUGAAUCUGUAAGGGGUUUUUUCUUUCUUUCUGAUCACAAGUUUUAUUACCUGAUGGGUUGCAUUUUCUUAACUGCUGCAAAAAGUGGGUUGAAACAAACGCCUUGUUUAAAAUUCAUUAAAGACCAACCCACCCAAACAAAACAACGCAGCCCCCAGUCACCCCAGCAAAAUGCAAACACGAAAAAAACCCCAAAGCAACCCGACUCCCUUCCCCUGCCUCUUGGAGCUGUUUGCGACGCUAAGAUUACAUGUACCGGCGUGCAAGUUCGUAUGUUGUUUCAGCGAGCGCGGAGAAAGUUGCGCAAAGGCAGUUCCCGAGGUGUCAACAUUUCGGAGAAAGCUCCUCCGCCAGCUGCCCGUCCUCGCUGUCCAGGACCUGCUUCUUGGAAGGAACACCCCCAUCCUGAAAAUCCCGGCAUUUUUCGUUUGCAUGGCCCUUGCAGCGAGACUACACAGAUGCAUGAAGUGCUACGGGGAGACUGGGCUGCAAUUCUCAAACCUUUGCUACAAAAAAUUAAGCCCCCCGGAACUGACUGGGCUUGACUUCCAAGCAAGCGCGGCUAAGUGGUGAGACCCGGAAAGGGGCAGGAGGGAAGCCGGAGCAACUGGGGCCAAGAAGCGGCUCCCGCUUUCACUCUUGUCGUCCAAUUUUCUUUUCCAGACCGCCCCCUCCCCCCCUUUUUUGCACGCUCCUUGCUUUGCCUCGGACGACUCAAGCCCAGCCUGGCCCCCCCGCCCCCGCCUUGGCGACCCCGGGCAUUUCGGCUCCAAAAUGAGCGCCCCCCCCCCGCUUCCUCGCGAGUCGGGCUGCCCGCAGGGCUGCCCCAAAGUAAAGGCAGCCGCGUGCGGGGAAGGGGGAGUGGAGACCCCCCCCCCGUCCCAGUCGGGCAAGGGCUUCCUUAGGCGGGCUUGCUUUUUGGCAGGCGGGGGGGGGCUGCUGCUUGGGGGCCUUCUCCCCUCCCCCUCUCCCGCGUCAGCUGAUCCCGCGCCGGGCCAAUCGGGAGGCGGGGCUGGCGCCGGGCAGCGCUUAAAGGGGCGGCCGGCGGCGCAGCGCCUCUAGAGCGGAGCAUGGCAGCGCCCCGGCCCCACUGACCAGCCCGCCGCCUCCGCCUCCGCCGCCGCCUCCGCCCGCCGCGCAUCCUCCGCCGCAGUCGCCCAGGUAAAGCCCGGCUGCGAGGGACGCCGAGGCUCUUUCCGUGGGCUCGCGCGCCCGCCUCUCCUCCUCUCCGGCUGCCGGGCGGGGGAAGAGGGAGCCGGCUUGGGAGGGAGCGGGGAGCCGCGCUUCUUUCGGGUCUGCCACGAUGCUGUUCACACGGGGCGAGGGCGGAGCUGGCGGAGGGGGGGGUUAAGCGUGUCCUUCGCAUGGAGAAAGGGGGGGGGACUCGGGGGGGGAGGGUGUCUGGCAGCAUUUGCCCCCUUGGCUUUUCGCCUCUGCCUCUCCAGCCCCUUCCUCCCGCCCCUUCCCUUUUCUCCAGCUAAGCCGGUCUUGUUUCGUUUGCAUUUCUCCUCAGCUGAUGGCAUCCGCUUCUGUCUGUGCCUCUGUUUCGGGAGAGACAAUGGGCGCUGUGUGCCCGGCAGGAGGCGAGGCAGGAGGCUCUCUUUCUUCUUCUUUUCCUCCGAGACACGAAAAGCAGGUUUCUCCAACCCUGAUCUGGGGGGCUUCCUUGUAAUCGGGAAGCAAAAGGAAUUUUUCAUGCCUGUGUUUGAGUAACGUGGGGGCAGGGAGAGGGAUUGCUAAAGAAGGGCGAGCUCGAAAGAAGCUUAUUUUAUUCUGCAUUUCUUCCGCAAUCCCUUUUUACUUUCCACAUUUCAAAGGCAUGGUAAUCUCCAAUCUGGUUGCUUUUUGAAUUUCCAGGAUCUGUAAAAACAAGAGUGUAAGUUGCUCCUGGGAGCCUGUGGAAAUGCUCCUCAGCCCAGUGUGUUUGGGGUGGGGUCUCCAGGAGGGGCGAGCGCAGGCAUCGCAUUUCAUCACUUACAGGCAUACAGAAGAAGCGAGCACCCCCUUCCCUCUGGGUCUCAGGGAGGCACAGCUAGCAGGGAAAGAAGCCUCUGCCCUGGAAACUCUCCAAGGGAUCCACCUGGAGGGCUUGUCUUUGAAGAGGAUGCCUGGAGCAGAGGAGGACACAGUGGAAGGACCAAGGGUGGGGGUCAAAAGCAUGUGCCCACACCACUUCACCUUACAGAUCCAUUUGGAAAAUAAAUCCUAAAGUAAACGUAGGUGCCAUCAUAGGUCAUAGGACCUUACUAAAAUGCCACAUAACUACAAAAGCUUGUUCAUUCCCUAUCAAGAGGUUUUUGAAGUGUGGCUGUGACAACCACCAGUACUGUACACUCAGUGGGGAGCUGGGCUUGGACUCCCACCUCCUUAUCAGUAUUUGGAGUGUGGCAAACUUGGCUUUGCCUCCCUGGCACAUGGGAAAUGGCCCUUCGGUUGGAGAGCACAGGAAAUAAAUCCUCCUGGGAGAAGUUAGGCACCUCAAGAUAAACAGCUUGGAAAUAGUCGAGAGUGGAAAUGGGGAGGCUUUGCAAAGGCGUCGCCACUGCCUUUCCUAGAAGGGGACAGUUGGACUUGAUGAAGGGGAACCAAUGUGGUGCCAUGCAGAUGUUGCUGAACUGUAACUCCCAUCAUCCCUGGCUGGGGCUGAUGGGAAUCGUAGCCCAACAAGCACUUUGGGUGUCUCUGGACAAGUUUGCCAUUUGUAUGUACAAUAUCGCACGACAUAUAUUUGUACUGCGUAUGGCUCAGGGUGGGUAGAUGAUCCAGACCUCAAUGGAAGCAUUCCUUUGUAGCAGUUUUUUUCAUGUGGAGCUACUUCAUAAUAAGUUUUUUGGGGGGAAACCAGUAGAAGAGCAUACAGACAUGUCUACCACUACAUAGAAUUUCCCACACAACAAAGAGUUCUGUGUGAACUCAAAAGCUUGCAUAGCAUCCUGGGUAGUGGAGCUAUACAGUCAGCCAGCCUCUUGAUGACUAUAUCUGUGCAAUAUAUUCUUGUUAUAUUUCAUCUUCUACAUUUUUAAGGAGUAAGCAUAAAAGCUUUAACACUAAAAAUAAAGUGGGGAGUUAUUUUUCAAUGGAAAUUCAUUAUAGAUAUAGCUAACACUUUUCAACAUAAAAUAACUCUAGUCCCCAAAAGAUUAUACCAUGAUGUAUUAAUCUUCAAGGCGCUACAGGACUCUUUGCUCCCUCAUUAAGGGAAAGUUGCAUGAAUGCAGAAGAUAAAAGGGGAAAUGCAUAACAAUUCAAUGAAAUUGUCUAAUGAAGCAUUGGAAUGUUGUUUAAUUGUGUUAUUUUGCCAUGCUUUUUAUCACAUACUAGUAGCCUUACUAGGCUGCUAAUGCACAUCAAUUGACAAUACAAAUUCCUGUGUUUGGAGGAACAUUAGGUUUCCAGUGUUUCAAUGUCAAUUUUUUGUAGCUACCAGAAAAGUACUUUUUGUGCAUCCCAAACUAGAGAGAUUAUUAGUGGAGUUCCUGUUUAACAUCAGCUAGGACCCUACAGCCUUCACAAAAGGGGACCUUUAUCCACUGCAAAAGUAGUUGGAAGUGUCUGUUCCCAUUACAGUAUGAGCCUCUGUGUCUACUCAGAAGUAAGCCUCAUUUAUUUCAGUGAGACUCACAGGGGAAGUGUGUGUACUGUACAUUGUACAAGAAGAUUGCAGCCCUAGUUUCUCUUAAGAAAACAGCAAGUUACUGGAUAAGUAUUGCAAGUUCAUGAUCUGUUUGAUUAAAGAGCAGCAUACAAGCUCCCAUUGGGAAGAACUUCUGAUCUUGCGCCAGAGUGGUCAAGUGCUGCAGAGUGCUGGGAAGCCAUCUGUGCUGUCCAGUGUAAAUUCAGUACAGUGGAAAAUAUGCCAUGCAUAUUUAAAUCACACUUCCCAACUUGAGAAAGUUUCAGAGUUGGUCCAGGCCUUCCUGAAAUCUCCUUUAUACAAUAGGUAUCGGUUUCAUGUAUAUCAUGUUACAAGUAUGGGAACAACACAUUGCUGGAUGGGUCUCUCAGAUGCUAAAAAUAGUAUAAAUAGCAGUACCCAGUUUACAGCAGGAUGGUGCAGUUGAGUUCAUUUUUUUUAGCUUUCUGCGGAAUUGAGUUGUUCGAAAUGUAUAUCUGGGAAUCAUGAGCUCACCUGGAAUCUGGGAGUUUUGUUGUUGAAGCUGCCCCCGUGGAAGGACCUCCACAUGCGGAAUUAUGCCAUUACAAAAGUGUUUGGCACAUGGGCAAUGCCAUGUUCACCACUGGCUUUCCUAUCGUGCACAAUACGUAUGUCUUACAAGCAUGUUUCCAUUCACUCAAGGUAGGAGAGAUUGUGUACAGGUUCUAAUGGAUUUGGAAAGUCUUAAGUAGAUCGUUGAGACUGCCUUUUAAUAUAGUUUCAUCAGUAAAAUAUAUUACUUACACUGGUUUGUUGUAGUUUUCCAGGCAUGAUUCAAAGUGCUGGUUAUUGCAUACUCGUAAAACGCUUAUAAUUAUGGCUGGGGAGGUGUAUGCAAAGGAAGGGCCUGUAGCUUGCAAGGGCCUUUAAAUGGAUGUGUGUGCAUGGAAUACUUUGCAGAAUCCCUAUCAAGGCCAUCCCCUGUCAGUACUGGAGAGCACAUUUUACCCUUAUUGUUGUAUUGUACCCAAGUACAGCACUUAACUAUCCCUCCAAUUAAUUAGUAGCAUUUUGCUUAUAUGGGAGAAAUGAUACCUCAUUGGGACAGGUGCAUGUUAAAUCUUCACAGACCUAUCCAGACUGAUCUGCCCCUGAUCUACUCAGAAUGAAGCUUGCCCCAGCCGGGGUUUUGCUUCUUGGUCAUGGGGUGGAAUGCGGAGUGAGAAUAGGCUUACGUUAGCCAGAGCCUGGGCUCAAAGUACCAUCAGAUGCUGUUAUGUUCAUGAGAACACCCUCCAAGGCCUUCAUAACUCCUACCCUCUAACUCAUCAUAGCUUAGGAAGCUAAAUUAGUUUCUCUCUUUAGGAGACAGAUGAAAACCUUCCUGUUCAGGCAUGCUUUGCGGAUGUGAGAUUUAAUAUUUUGCUGCUGAAGAUUUUGCCUUGUACAAUGUUUUCAUGGUCUGGUUUUUAUGGAGGAUCUUUAUUGUGCAUUACCUUGGGCAGUUAAUUUGGAAGGACAGUGACACAUUUCUUAAAACAUACCUUUUCUCACCUGGUCUAAAGGGUUUUUUGGGGGAGGGUUGCAGCUUGUGCAACUUCUUGGCAUGAGUUUGUAGUAACAGCUGUUUUCAAUUGUUAGCAAACAACUGAUAGAACAGCAAGAUACUGAUAUGACUCUAGAACAAUUUAGAUUCCUUAUUUUAAAAAUGGAAAGUGCAAGAAGCAGACAAAUUAAAGAUGGCAGUGACACGCAGAUUCCAGUAUUAAAUUGAAAAGCACCACUGGAUAUGACACCCUGUGCUCUCUGAAUUCCAAAGUGGGCAUCACUCUCUCCCAGUUUUUUAUAUGAUGAAAGUCCUAAACACCUAGCAUGGCAAUACUGGAAGUGCUAAUCAGGGCUGAAUUAUUUGGGACUGAGUGCUUCUUUUGUAUAACAGUGUCCCAAGUCAGAUUUUGGAAUUCAGGCAAUACUGCCAGCUCCUCGUUUUUUAACAGCAUUGUUGCUCAACCCUCAACUGCGUAUCACAUCCUGACAUACAGUAACUUGUUUUGAUUGACCCAACUGUGUUGACUGUGCAGUGUGGUCAUAUGUGUAUAUACCAGCAAAAGUGUGGCUUUCAUGUCACAUGAAGGUGAUGCAAGUUGCCACUUCAAAGCAUGGCUGUCUUUAGAUUCCAUUUGCCCAUCCAUGGCCUGAUUUUCAGGCAGUGUAAAUAGCUGGCAGCGCUCCACAGCUGGACUCUUAACUUGACUGGCAUACUCUGCCUGGGUUACCAGAGAGCACUGAUUGCAACUAGGAAAGUGUCCCUCCUUGCUUGUUGGCAGGACUCCCUUUCAUGGACUCCUCCCCACCCCACUUUGCUUUACAGGCCUUCAGAAGCAGCUUCUGUAGCCAUGGCUACCUCUGCGAGCUCCCACCUGAGCAAAGCCAUAAAGCAGAUGUACAUGAAGCUGCCUCAGGGUGACAAGGUGCAAGCAAUGUACAUCUGGAUUGAUGGGACUGGCGAGUUCCUGCGCUGUAAAACCCGGACCCUGGAGCAAGAGCCCAAGAACGUUGAAGGUAAGCAGGCGGGUUGGCAUGUGCUUCUAUCCUACCUGUGAAAAAGGACCGCAAGCCAUGUUGUUGUUGUUUAUUGAAUUUAUAUACCGCCCUAUACCCGGAGGUCUUAGGGCGGUUCACAGAGAAGGUCAACAUAAAAGCCACAAUAUAUAUAUAUAAUCAAAAUAAAAACAACAACUCUCCCCCCCCCGGUCUAUUUGUGAUGCCAGCUUCUUGCUCUGGCUCUGCGAUGCCACCCUGUUUCUGGGCAAGAGCUGCCAGCCUAGCUAGUGACUGCCUGGUGACUAGGCAGCCCUGUUCAGGGAAGUUUUUAAUGUGUGAUGUUUUAUCGUGUUUUAAAUAAUUCUGUUGAGCCACCCAGGAUGACUGGGAAAACCCAGCCAGAUGGGCAGGGUAUAAAUUAUUUAUUUUAUUUUAUUUUCUGCAUUGAAGAAGAACCUGGCUCUUUCCCUGGUCUGAAACAUUUUUCCAUUGGGUAAAAGACUGAAAACGAGCAUGGUGGUGGUGUUUUUAUGAGUUUUUAUGAGUUUAUAGUGCAUUCCAGCUCCCCAGCCAACAAUGUUUACUACAGUUCUUUGCACACUUACCUGGGAGUAAGGCCUGAACACAGUGGGACAAAGUUGUCUAGUGGGAUAAAUGGAUUGUCUGCCAAAGUUCAGUUCCUUUUUGUGCCAGAUGAACCGAACGUUGGUGGAGGAGAAAAGGUGGGGAAGAGGUUUGUCUACAUUUCACAAAGAAGGCAAAGUCAUAUCUUUUUCCUUUUAAUUCCCUCUAAGACAAGUAGAGCCAAAGUGACUUCAAAAAAUUGAUAAACUUGAACUUCAGCCUAGGCCUUAGAUCAGAACCAUUAUCCAGUGAUUCACUGUUUACUCAAAGCUUGGGUGGGUUGGUCACCAGUGUGCAGUGUAAUCCUAUGUAUUUCUGCUCAGAAGAACACACCACUGAAUCUAAUAGGACAUCAUAGGACAUGAUUCCCCUCAGACUUACAACUUUUGUGCUAAGCUUUUUCCCCAGACUCAAAGCAGCUGAGCUGUCUGCCCCCCUUCUGCCCCCAGGACAGGGAGCCUGUGACCCUCCAGAUGUUGUUGGAUGGCAGCGCCUCCCGUUCCUGACUGGACCGAGUUGGUUGGCGCUGAUGUGACUCUCCACAGCAUCUGCAGGGGGCUUCCCAUCCUCAAUGAGGUCUGCUCUCUUGCAGGCUGUGCUGUGAUUCUGAAAUAAGCCCAACGCGUUACACCUUUAGAGGAUCCUGGGAGGGUAGUUUGUUUCGGUUGCUGGGAAAUGUAACUCUGUAAACUACCAUUCCGGGGUUCUGGGGGGUUGUGGGGGCUUCCUGAUCAUGCCGCUUGCUUGUUCGCUCAGGGCCUUGGUGUGCCAGUAUUCAUCCCUGAUCUUGUGAAGGUGGCAGGAAGCAAGGGGGGGGGGAGAGCCAUAAAAAUUUCCACUGCGCACAAUGAGUUGGCCUUUUGUUUGCCCCUCCGAACAAAGUGGCCUCCCCAACACAAUAAACAGCAUUAGGAUUUCUUCACAUGUUGCCAUGGAGCUGGCCAGAGAUGGUUAUGAAACCCGCAGAGCAUGUAUGGCCAAUUAGAAGUAUUUAGUCGAGUGCUUUGUUUUCAUUCUGAGGAGCGAGCGGCUGGCACUGCUUGGUUUAAAUCAUUUCGCCACCUCAAGCAUAUGAAAGGGAUCAAGCUGGCUGGCCGGCUGGAUUAACCACUUUAAUGCCAAUUCAAAUAUGAUUAUACUGUUUGCUCAUUCUCCCUCCCGCCAUCUCUGAGUGCUUGUACCUGGGCCCACUCUCACGCACACAUCCUGCCCUGGAGGGAACGCUUUGAAACAGAGCAAAACCAGACUCCUGGCAUGAGGAACGCUGUGGGGUCAAGAUCUGGGAGAGUGGGGGGAGCAGAGGCGCCUGGGGCAGGAUCUGAAGCCCUGGAUUAUUUGCAAGCACAGCUGCCCAAUGUUUUGAAUCAAGUUUCUCUAUAAACCUGAGGAUGUGGGGCUUCCGCUUUUAAUAUAAUGGGUUCUGGAGCAUCCUAGCUCUGUGCUGAAUGGCAGGUGCUCUGCUUGGAUUCUCUGAUAAUUGUUGUAACAAGCUGUUGGCAUGAAAUGGUAGCAUAGGAACAUGGUCACAGACACCAGUGGCAAGGUAUGGCAUGGUGGACGUCUAGUUUCUCUGUUUUGCGGGGGGGGGGGGUCAAGCUGCCGCCACCUUGGGCCUGUAACAGAUCUUCAGUAUUUCCCGUUAGGUGGAAAACCAACUAAAACUGUUUCCCGCAUUGAUACAGAAAAUCCCCUUGUGUGCCAAGUUUUGUACACAUUGCAGGCAUCUUCCUAAACAGCUGCUCCAGAACAUGAUAAAUCCCAAAUGCACAUUUAUCCUGGAUGCAACUUUCCUAUUCCUCACAAGCAGGCCUCAUUUCAGCUAUAGUGGUGGCAGCACAGCCAGUUAGCAUAGAUUCUUUUUCUGGGAAGCAGCCGGAGUUUAUCGCUAAGGCAGCCUGUGCUUCUGCUUCCAGAUCUGCCAGAGUGGAAUUUUGAUGGCUCUAGUACCUACCAGUCUGAGGGCUCCAACAGCGACAUGUACCUGGUGCCAUCUGCCAUGUUCCGGGACCCCUUCCGCAAAGACCCCAACAAGCUGGUGCUCUGCGAGGUCCUGAAGUACAACCGCAAGCCGGCAGGUAUGUCCAGCGCUGCUCCUUUCCCCUUCCACUCUGCUCUUGAUAGGAAAAAGAGAGUGCAGAAAAGGCUGCGCUUGGGAGAAAUGAGGAACGAGUCGUAGUAAUGCUUAGGAAGUUCAGGCCCCGUCAACCUGAGAAUGGGAGCGAGGAGAUACGGUGCUUGUUCUUUUUUUAAAGGACAAAACAAAUUCACAGAGGUUGGUAUCUGGUGUCAACAGCUGCUAGCUAAGAUGAAUAAGGGAAACCUCUGUGCUUAGAGGGCAGCAGAACAGAGGACAGGAUUCCUGGAACAUAGGAGCUUACUUCCCAUGAGACAUUAAGCAGCACUUUCAGGUUGUGACAAAAGAUUUACCGUACAAAUUAAGGAUAAGCAAUUUGUUUGUUUUCAAUAAGAUUUUUAUUAAGAUUUGCCCAUAAUACAAUAAGAUACCUGAGAGAUAAAAUGAGAAAAAGAAGCAAAUGGAAAAGAGAAAGGGAAAAUAGAGAAAUAGAAGAGAGAAAGAAAAAAAUAAAGAAAGCAGAAACAGAGAAACAUUAGCAAAAAUUACAAAAGAGGGACUUUGAUUUUCCAUCUGCUGGUCGCAUACUAGAAGAAAAUAGAAUUAUUUAAAACAAUCAGUCAAUUCAAGCAACUGUCUACUCCACUUUCUGAUAAACAAUAUUUCCUCUAAGUUACAAGUGUCCCAUAGUCAUUCAUUUCCUUUUCUCACGGAAAGUCCAAAAUAAGCAAUUUGGUUGUGGUGUGUAAGUGUCCCCCUCUUCUUGAAGCAAGCAUUUUGAUCCUCUUUUAUUUCCAUGCUUUUCUAUGUACAAGAGUACAUACACUGUCAGAGGAGAACUUGAUUUGAUUUGAUUUGAUUUGAUUUGAUUGCAAGUGUUUUAUGCUGUAAGCGGCCCAGAGUGGCUGGGGCAACCCAGUCAGAUGGGUGGGGUAUAAAUAAAAUAAUAAUGAUAAUAUUUAACCCUAGCAUCCCUAUAUAAAUGUAACAGGUAGUCUUACACCUUUUUGAAAGAGAGAAAUUUAACAUUUCCUUCAUGGAUCAAACCAAAGGUCUGUCUAGUCACCAAGCUGGUGCCCUCCAGAUGAGGAUUUGGACUAUGGAUGGUGCUGGGUGGGUCUGAUGAGAGUUGCAGUCCAAAACAUCAUCCAGAGGGCACCAAGUUGGGGAAGGCUGAUCUAGACCAACCUUCUGUGUCCAGUAACCACAGCCAUUUGCCUCCGGAAGCUCACAGUGCUGGCGUAAUGUUGGCAGAAAAGCCAGUAAACAUCAGAUGCCACUUUCAAUCCACAAGACAUUCAUUCUUCCAGCUGCGUCGGCUGAUCUGUUGGAUGCAUGCAUAGCUCCCCCAUGCUUCUUUCUCGCAACAUAUUGAACACAGUCAUUCUUCUCUUUUAACCACUGCCUCGCCUUCCUGCAGAAUCCAUUUGCAGCUUGGAGCCAUGACACUGUAGUUACCAUGGUGAUAACACCGUUGCCAAGGUGACAUUUCAAGCACACCGUUAAACAUAACUGUUUGGGUUUGAUCCCAGUGUUCAAGAUAGUUUAGCUGCAAAGUCUAGAUCCCAGUUUAGCUAGAAGCUUUUGGAAUGGAAUUGGGCAAUCUCUCCCAGCUUCCAUUCUUGAUAUGGGAAAUGAGCCUAGUGAUCCACUUUCCAGGAUGACUCUGUGGUUUAAUUGGAAAGAACCACAAGACGCUCUGGCCUUUACUGAUAGAUUGCAACACUUUCUACAGUUCUGAAUGGUGUUAUUAUGUUUUGCUGAUCUAUGUUGCCCUGAUGUCUUACAAUAUGGUGAGGGAUGCGGGUGGCGCUGUGAUCUAACCCACUGAGCCUCUUGGGUUUGCCAAUCAGUAGGUCGGUGGUUCAAAUCCCCAUGAUGGGGUGAGCUCCCAUUGCUCGGUCCCAGCUUCUGCCAACCUAGCAGUUCGAAAGCUUGCCAGUGCGAGGAGGUAAAUAGGUACCACUGUAGUGGGAAGGUAAACAGCAUUUCCGUGUGCUCUGGUUUCCAUCACGGUGUCCCAUUGCACCAGAAGCGGUUUAGUCAUGCUGGCCACAUGACCUGGAAAGCUGUCUGUGGACAACGCUGGCUCCCUCUGCCUGAAAUCGAGAUGAGCGCCACAACCCUAUAGUCGCCUUUGACUGAACUUAACCAUCCUGGAGUCCUUUACCUACCUUUUACCUAUGAUAUGGUGGUAUAUAUUCUUAAACUCUUUUGUAAAGACUCUUGAUUAACCCUUACCCGCUAGCAUUUCCCCCAUGCAGCAGAGAGGCAUGAGAAAACUACCUGCAAGUUCCUUCAGGCAGAGCUUGUGGUGUGGUACAAGUAAUACUAAUUUGCCUUACACACGUUUUUCUCCCAGAAACAAAUUUAAGGUCCACUUGUAAAAGGAUUAUGGACAUGGUGUCUAACCAGAACCCCUGGUUUGGGAUGGAGCAAGAAUAUACUCUUCUGGGAACAGAUGGACAUCCCUUUGGCUGGCCUUCCAAUGGCUUUCCCGGACCACAAGGUAAAGACCAGAAGCAGAACAUGUUCUUAUUCCAAGGCAAAGUUCACAAACCAAAACACCUACUUCCCGGUUUGCAGCAUUCUUAAUCCAAGUGGUUCAUAAACUAAACUGUUCUUAAAACAAGGUACCACUGUAUUACUUCCAUGGUUUAUGUGCCACCUUUCAAGGCAAGGCCAUCAGUUUGCAUAAAAUAGUAACUGCACAGUUUGCCUUACUGCGUGGCUGGAUGUGAGUGGUAGAGACACAAUUCUUAAGGUUGCAUCCACCACAUCCCUCCAGGUAAUAUGCAAAUAAGAGUCUGAGGCUACAUUUGAUGUAGGAUUCAAAGAUGGCAUUUAGAAACAUUUGCAAAAGAAAAGAACAGUGACCAACUUUGGCUCCACCAAAUAUAUGAGCCGGAUGAAUGCCUGUCAUGAUUCCUGUAAUGAUAUUACAGGAGAACCUUUGCAAAGAUGUAUAGUCAUGUGCUGAACAUGGUGGUUAGAGAUGCUGACUCACCCGUGGUCUCCUCUUUCUUCUGGCAUUCUGCAGGGCCAUACUACUGUGGUGUUGGAGCAGACAAGGCCUAUGGCCGAGACAUUGUGGAAGCCCAUUAUCGAGCCUGCCUAUAUGCCGGUGUGAAUAUUGGAGGCACAAAUGCAGAAGUGAUGCCAGCACAGGUAGAUAUUGGAGCCAAAAUCCCGAAACGAAUGUUGGUCUCUCUGCCUUGGGGUUCUUUGCAGGCGUAGUAGUGUACAGGCUGUGAACAGCAUCGUGCAGACCAGUUUGCGCCUCCCUUUCUCUGUGCCAAUCCUGAUUUGAAACUGUCUUCUCUCUUCUGUAGUGGGAGUUCCAGGUGGGCCCCUGUGAAGCAAUUGACAUGGGAGACCACCUCUGGGUUGCUCGAUUCAUCCUUCAUAGAAUAUGUGAAGACUUUGGAGUCAUUGUGUCUUUUGACCCCAAGCCCAUCCCUGGGAACUGGAACGGAGCUGGAUGCCACACCAACUUCAGCACGAAGCUCAUGCGAGAGGAGGGAGGCCUCAAGUGAGUGUGUCUUCAGACCUGGGGAGUUUUUUCUUAGGAGAGGAUUAGGAAGACAGAUCUUGACAGCUUCGGGCCGUACACCUUAAACAACAUAGUGCAGCCACUUGUUCCAAAAAAAGCCUUCCAAAUUCUGCAGGAAUUUAAAAUACCCAAGCAUGCAGAUAUAUCACGACAAUAUACAAAACAGAAAGGAGAUCGGUACAUUUUAAUGUGCCUGUAUUUUUCUUCUUCUGGUACAGAGUAUGACUAGGCAAUAGAGGGAAAUGCAUCGUUUUGCAAUAGCCUACUGCUUUGAUAUUAUCGGCUUUCUUGAGCUGCUGUUGUUGAGAAAUAUCUUUGUGGUUCGGAGGCUCAAAAAAAAUCUAUUAAAGAAUUAACUGGUGUCUGAGCACGAGUCAAGAAUGGGGCUGUGUGCAUGUUGCAGUUCUAUGGGUCUGGAGAGGUGCCAAAUGCAGCAGUGAGCACAACAUCCAGUUUCCCUUUUAAAUGCACACAUGCUAUUUUAUUAUAUUUUUUAUGAUUUUUUAGAAUAGGUGGACUUCAGCCACCAAAUACUAGAUUUGCUUUCUGUGCUUCUAAGGAAUUGCAGCGCACACACACACACACACACACACACACACAGAGAGAUCCUAACUCCAAUAAUAGUGACCUGUGGCCUUGAGCAAAAGUUGACUCUCCCGAUGAUGUGCUAAUGCUGUCCUGCAACUAAAGAGAUUUGGAGGCCCCUCUGGCGAUCUCAGCAUCCUGCCUCUUCUCCUUUCCACAGGCACAUUGAAGAAGCCAUUGAGAAGCUGGGCAAGCGCCACCAGUACCACAUCCGUGCCUACGACCCCAAAGGGGGGCUGGAUAACGCCAGGCGCCUGACCGGCUUCCAUGAGACAUCCAACAUCAAUGAGUUCUCUGCUGGGGUAGCCAACCGUGGGGCCAGUAUCCGCAUCCCGAGGAAAGUGGGCCAAGAUAAGAUGGGCUAUUUUGAAGACCGCCGACCCUCCGCCAACUGCGACCCAUACGCCGUGACCGAAGCUCUCGUCCGCACUUGUCUCCUCAACGAAACUGGGGACGAGCCCUUUGAGUACAAGAACUAAGUGAACUCUGUCCCACACAGGAACCCACCCAUUCCCUUCCCCCUUCUGCAUUUUCUAGAUGUUAAUUCUGAGGGCAUGAGAUAAUACCAUGUCUGUGCCUCCCCCAAAUUUACCCUCUUGUUUCUUCUGGGUGGAAGAGGGAAGUCUUAGUCUCUUUCAGUGUUUAUUCUGUCGUUUGAGAGGCCAGGAAAAGGAAGAGUAGGCAUUAGAGGAAACAGUCCCCAGUUAACCACUAUUUUUGUCUAAUCCAUCUGUAUGUCUUGACAGGAUUUCGGGCACUUCCAGGGACAGACAGCACAGUGGGGGAGGGGGGAUGCUUAAGAAAAAUAUGUGCGAGGCCCAUUUGUUGUGCUCCUCGCCCAAAUGUGCCCUUUGUGAGCCCUGCUGAAAGGAACAGGAGAGAGGCAGAGUGAGGGAAGCCUUUGGCGCAUCAUUUGUUCACUUCAGUGGCGCUUGAGAAUUGAGGCGUUCCGCAGCUCACCAUGGAAAAUAGGAAGGUGGCUUAACCCAUACAUAGCCUGGGUCCACACCCAAUCUCUCUCAUGGGCAGAAGGGUGUUUUAAUAGCCCCUUAUUAUGAGAUGGAGGGGCAUUAUGGCAUGCCAACCGUGGGGCAGUGUUGGGCAUUCUUGCAACCUGUGGUCAGUUGUCGUCCCCACAAGACCAAGUCUUAUUCAAAAGCUGUUGCAACAUGUUUGAUCUGUUUUGGAAGCUGUCUUGACUUUUCUGUUUCUAACACAGAGUGAAGUAGUAUUUUUAUAUUUUAAUGCCUGAAAAGGAAAAAAAAGUUUGUGUUUCUUUUCUUUCAAAAAGGUCCACUCAAUCAGCCAUUUGCAAAAAGGCUGAGUUUGCUACAGGUGUCUGUUGGUUAAGACUUGCGUACAGGAUCGAGGAAGGGGGUAAGGAGAAAAGAUGGGGAGGGGAGAGAGAGAAAAAGAAAAAAGAGCUGCAUGUUUCACCUUCAAGAGCAGCUUUGAUAGCUUGUUAUAAGCAAGGGGUAUCCGUUUACAAGUUUAUAAGUGAAAAUAGGUAUUAAUUUUUUAAUUUAAACUGGAGCCACCGGGGUUGUCUCAGCAAGGCCGCGUGCAGCUAGUUGUGGCAACAAGAUACAACCGUGCUUCAGACAAAAGGAGUUGGCUGGUCAACUUGAACCAUGUUAUUUGACAAGUAUUUGGCGGGGGGGUGGGGGUGCGGGAGCAGGGUCAAGGAGUGUGUUAAAAUCUCCAGUAGGAUUUGCAUGUUGGCUUUUGAUGACUGCACCAAUGAAGGAAGAACAGGUGGGAAGCGAGGUUUUUAGAGAUUUUUAAAUAACAUGUUUUUAGGGGUUUCUAAAGUUGUACAGUUUGGCAGAGGCCACCGCUGCUCCUGUUAGGUACAUCCUGGUACAUCCAGAAAUGCUUCUGCCAGGACUCCACUAAUAAAACAAUAGUUGCGCUCAGAGGUAAUAAUGCUAGUGGGUUCAAACGUUCCGGGAUUUUGUACGUUGGUAUCUUGGAUGGUGCCAAUCAUCUUCCGCUGCAUUUGGACUUGAAAAUAGGGUGGGGGUUUUUGUAAUAAAAAUUUAAAAAUCAAACCUAGUUGCAAUUUUCUGCCUCCCUCUUUUCCAUGUCUGCCUGUGUGUACUUGGCUUAAUUCAUACUGGGAGUGGGAAACCUCAGCUGCCAGGGGCAUUCGUGGCUGCUGCCCCUGCGCACAGCAGCAGUUCUCACCAGACAGAGUACUUGCCCCAAACCUGGAUCUAGGCAACUGUGUGCCUACAUCUUUCCUUUAACCAAACAAAAUCAACAUUUUUGUCAUCGAGGAGAAUCCACUGAGCAAUAUGCAGAAAAAAAUUCCUCCCUACUGAGUAACAUAAACUCAUCCAUCAGGUUAUGAUUAGUCAGCAUGACUUUGAAGAGCAAAGAGACUCCCCACAGAGAUGGGUCUGGCCCCAUGCAAUGUUUACCAGUGCCGAAGAUGCACCUCUUUAGGCUUUUAUGAUUUAAAUUUAUUUUAAACUGUU